GGGAAGUGUCCCAGAGCCAAGGCCCGUGACCGCCAGCGGGGUGUCAGGAGUCCGGACCCCCAGCUUAAACCUUCUGGGAAAGGAGGGGCCGGGGAGUCCGUAUAUCUGAGUACCUGGGAAGGAGGGGCUUGGACUCCAGAACUCCAGGGUCUAAAGGAGGAGGGCACUGGGGAUCCGGACUUAUGGGUCUGGGCGAAGAGGGAUUUGGGGGCCUGGACUCCCGCGUCUGAGGGAGGGAGCUGGGGACCUGGGUUCCUGAAGGAAGAAGCAGCUGGGGCUCGGGGCUUUUGGGUCUGAGUGAGGAGGGGGCGAGAGCCUGAACUGUUAAGGGAGGGGGCAGCUGGAACCCAGGACUCCCGGUCUGAGGGAGGAGGCACCUGGGAACCGGGACUCCUCAUCUGAGGGAGGAGGCAGCCGGAAACCCACACUCCCGGUUCGGGUUGGAUCAACAUGUGCCCCUCUUCACACUUCCCCCUUCCCAUUUCCCCAUCUCCCAGCCAGGGCAGGCAGCCGCUCGAGGUGGUUGCUCCCUCCAUCUCCUGAGAUGUCAGGAAGGAGGGGGGCACCUGUGUCCCCCACAGGGGCCCCCCGGAGCCUGGGGGCCCCCAGCCCCGGAGCUCGGAGGCGGAGGAGGUGCUGACAGGUGCUCAGCGAGAUGCUCCCCCACCCCUCAGGCUCCCUCCCCAUCCUCCUACUUUUCCUCCUCCCCAGUGUCCCAAUGGAGCCACACCCCCCACCCUCACCCCUGCCCCCAUUUCCAGCCCCUGAGUGGGACCUCUUGUCCCCACGAGUAGCCCUGUCCAGGGGUACCCCCUCGGGUCCCCCUCUGCUGUUCCUGCUGGAGGCUGGGGCCUUUGGGGAACCAGCUGGCAGCCCGGCCAACCGCAGUCGGCGGGGGGUGAGCGAGACAGCACCCGCGAGUCGCCGUGGAGAGCUGGCCGUGUGUGAUGCAGUCAGCAGCUGGGUGACAGACCGCCGGACGGCCGUUGAUCUGCGUGGACGUGAGGUGGAGGUGCUGGGCGAGGUGCCUGCGGCUGGCGGCAGUCCCCUUCGCCAGUACUUCUUCGAAACCCGCUGCAAGGCUGACGGCGCUGGGGAAGGUGGCCCUGGUGGGGGUGGAGGAGGCUGCCGGGGUGUGGACCGGAAGCACUGGGUGUCUGAGUGUAAGGCCAAGCAGUCCUAUGUGCGGGCACUGACCACCGAUGCCCAGGGCCGUGUGGGCUGGCGAUGGAUUCGAAUUGAUACCGCCUGUGUCUGCACACUCCUCAGCCGGACUGGCCAGGCCUGAGGCCCAUGCCUGGGAACUGGGCAGGUAGAGGAAGGAGAGCUGGAUCCUGAAAGACCUCAGGGGCGGCCUGGCUGCUCUGCGCCUCAGUUUGGGAACUCAUCAAAUGGUCACAAAAAUCACAGCUCUCUGAUUUUGAGAGCUCAAUCUGGGCAAGACAGAUGGUGAAACCAAAUGGGGUUUUGAAGGAUGAAUAGCAGUUCUCCUGGAUGAACUUGAGGGUAAUAAUGAUGAUGAUGAUGAUAGCCAGUAUUUUCUGAGUGCCUACUGUUUAUGAGCUCUAAUACACAACUUGUCAGAUCAA